UAUAUAUGUAUGUAUGAUAUGUAUGUGUAUAUAUAUAUAUAUUAUUAUUAUUUUAGAUUCGCUGAGAGAACGAUAUAUUAAAACUAGGAAAUUCUAGUAAAAGAUUAGUAUAGCCAACGUGAGGGCAUUAAACUUCUUAAUGCAAUAAGCGAUAAAGAAGGAGAGAGAUCAACAAUCGAGUUUUUGUAUUUAUAUUCCUACUUGUUGAAAUAUAUCGUUUACAGUAUUUUAUUAAUAUUCUAUAUACAUUUAUACCUCUGCAAGAAACAUGUCCAAUAAAUUUGAGGCGUAAGUGAAACUAUAGUGUUUCUCUGAUUUCAUCGUGCUAUUUUCGCAAGCAACUUUUAUGGAGAUAAAAAAGGAAACAUAUUUUGUGAAUUAUGAUAGUUCUUACAGAUCAAAAACCAAUGAAGACAGUGGAGAAGAAGAAACCCAAUCAAAGGACAGUCAUAAAGUUGAGAAAGAUCUAUUACCUUCUAUAGAAAUAAGUCCUCACGAGCACAAAUUGCAAUAUGCAUAUGCAUUAUGGUAUAGUAGACGCAGUCCUGGUAAACAAACCAGCAUACAGAGUUACGACCAGAAUUUAAAAUUGGUUGGUAGGUUUGCAAGUGUGGAACAAUUUUGGGGUCUAUACAGUCAUUUAGUCAGACCGUCAGAACUAACGACACAUACAGACUUUCAUUUAUUCAAAGUUGGUAUAAAACCUAUGUGGGAGGAUGAGGCAAACCAAAGAGGUGGUAAAUGGAUAGUAAGAUUAAGAAAAGGCUUGGUAUCAAGAUGUUGGGAAAAUCUUAUUUUAGCUAUGUUAGGAGAGCAAUUUAUGGUAGGAGAGGAAAUAUGUGGUGCUGUUGUAUCCAUAAGGUUUCAAGAAGAUAUAAUUUGUGUUUGGAAUAAAACAGCAUCGGACGUUGCAACGACGGCAAGAAUUAGAGAUACACUUAGGAGAGUAUUACAUCUUCCAGCCAGUGCCUCUAUGGAAUAUAAGACUCACAAUGAAAGUUUAAAAAAUGUUCAUAGGCUUUAGAGCUAUGAAAAUCUGACUGCGAUACAUUUCAACCACUUUGUGGAGAUUGUAAAGAUACUUGUGACGUGGUGGCAGUUCUGACGUUCAGAAUAUUUUGCAAAUAAUGAAUUGGGCUAAACAACUGUUCGGUGAACCACUUUAUUCACAAGUGUCAUCAUUGUAACUUAUGUAAAUAAUAAAUACACAUUGCUAAUGGU